AUGAACUUCUACAACAAUUUUAUAAUAAUAUUUUCUGUUUUUUUUAUUAUUUCAACGAGCUACGUUUCUUCAUGGUUUUCAAAUAGUGAUACUCAAAAAAUUGUCAAAACAAUUGAAAGAAUAACUUCUGAAGAAAUAGCAUCUAUAAAUAAUAAAAUAUCGUCAUUAUCAGAUACAUUUUUUCUAACAAUUUCGGGAAUGAAAGAAACUGUUGAAAAAAAAAGUAAAACUAUUGAUGAAUCGCACAACUUAAUGGUUUGGAUAAUUAUUUCAUUUACUUUCAUUUCAUGUACUUAUUUUUUAAAAAACAUCUUUUCAUGUUUUAGUAAAUGUUGUUUAGAAACAAAAAAUUUGCCAUAUUCACCGAAUCAUCCAUCAAGUGAACAUGUUUACGGAAGAAGAAGAUUAUCUAUGGAUAGAAGAAAUACUUAUUAUGAUGUCUAA